AUGGGUUCCGGUAUCUUUAUCUCACCAAAAGGCGUGCUGGCGGCCUCCGGGUCUGUUGGCCUAUGUUUGGUUGUCUGGGUCUUGGCUGGAAUUAUUUCCCUUGGAAGUGCACUGUGCUACGCUGAACUCGGCUCCACCAUCAGCAAAUCGGGGGGCGUCUACACUUAUAUCCGCAUGGGAUUAGGGAAUCCCCUGGCAUUCUGCUACGCUUUCUUCAUGAUCUGCAUCCGGGUGCCUGCAACACUGGUCGUCAUGCUCCUCACCUUCUCCAAGUACCUGAUCACCCUCCUCCCCACCUGCGGCUCACCUGAGAACCUGGAGAAACUCAUCACAGCCCUAGCGUUAGUCCUUCUGGUCCUAAUCAACGGCUACAGCUCCUGGCUGGCUGCCCACAUGACUGUGGUGACGACGGCCUGUAAACUUGUGACACUUCUCAUCAUCAUUGUUGGGGGCAUCGUGGUCAUGUGUCAGGGCACCACAAGUGAGCUGGACACCGCCUUCUCUGACACCUCCACUGACCCCUCGUCUCUAGCCUUGGCACUGUACAGCGCACUGUGGGCGACCAAGGGAGGAGAAAAUCUGAACAUGCUGGUGGAGGAGGUCAAGAACCCAUCCAGGAACGUCCCCAGGGCCGCCAUAUUGGGCAUCCUUGUGGUCAUCGUGGUCUACACACUGACCAACGUCUCCUAUCUGGCCGUCAUGACCAAAGAUGAAAUGUUAAAUGCUCAGGCAGUGGCUGUGGUUUUCGGUGAUCGAGUUCUCGGCCCUGCUGCAAUAAUUAUUCCCCUUGCUGUGAUGGUGGCAACUAUGGGGACAGCUAACAACAGGAUUUUUUGCGGCAACAGGUUGAUUUACACCGCUGCCAGGGACAAAAACUUCCCAGAAUUUUUCAGCUACAUCCAGAUCCAUCAGCUGACGCCACUUACAGCCAUGAUGCUAACGGCGACCUUGGCUCUCAUCUGCCUGUCCAGAGCUGACGUUAUAUCCGUCAUCAACUACCUGGGGUUCCUCCUGUCGUUCUUUGACGUGUGUGUUUACCUGGCCAUGCUGAGGUUCAGGCUGCAGACGAUGAAACACGUGCGAGGAACUGUACGGGUGGGUGAAGGUUAA